AUGGUGAACUAUUGUGUGUGUGGAGGGUGCACGAAUUCUUCAUCUUCCGGAUUCAGGACGAAGAGGAAGGACUUUACCGCGGCCUCUGUGACCACGAGCUCUGUCAUCUGUGAAGCCCAUUUCAAGAAAGAGGACUAUCUAAGUGGAGAUCUGAUGGAAAUGGAGAUGGGCUUCAAAAGUCGAAACAAUGUGAGGCUGACGGAAGGAGCCGUGCCCAGUGUACAGUCUUUAUCUUUGUCUGCUGCUAGCGCGGCUGCUAGUGCGGCUGCUAGCGGGGGUGCUAGUGGGGGUGCUAGCGGGGGUGCUAGUGCGGCUGCUAGCGGGGGUGCUAGCGGGGGUGCUAGUGCGGCUGCUAGCGGGGGUGUGCGGCUGCUAGCAGGGGUGCUAGCGGGGGUGCUAGUGCGGCUGCUAGCGGGGGUGCUAAUGGGGGUGCUAGUGCGGCUGCUAGCGGGGGUGCUAGUGGGGGUGCUAGUGCGGCUGCUAGCGGGGGUGCUAGUGGGGGUGCUAGUGCGGCUGCUAGCGGGGGUGCUAGUGCUAACGCGGGUAAUGUAG